UGCGGGGUCCUCUCGCAUUGUUAUGUCAGAGGGGGUCGAUACAUCACAGGGCUAGGCAGUGUCGGAGCGCCGUCCGCGAAGCGUGCACGUCCCCACGCCGCUGCUUUCGUGUUGACGUUCCUCGCACCCGGUCUAUGUGAAUUCGGUAUAAACAAAACGGAACUUGGUGUAUUAUUGGUUUAUGACAGACAUUACAGUUAUAAGAAAUAUCUUGGAACGCAUUUGGACCAAACACUCGCUUAUACCAACCUCAGAGCUCCAACUACCCGAAUGAAGUGUAACAAUACGCGCCCUGUAAUGAGGAGCUGCGUGAAAUAGUGAGGAUGGGACGAAGGAACGUGAGCAUGAUGCGGCUGGGGAGGUGCGUGGCCUUCCUGGCUGCGGCCGCCUUCCUGUUGCCCUUUACUAUACUUCUGAUGGUCGCUGACCAACAGUACAACCUCACCUACAACUCUAAACGAGUCUUCUAUCAAGAGAGUAACUUCUAUAAAAUAAAUGGCUCGUAUUACAUGCCCGCAUACGCGGGUACAUCGUUGUCACGGACACAGUACAUGUACGAAAAUGGGACAAACGACGACGGCCUCUUAACCCGAGACAAAUUUAUGGAGGUGAAUGCGCGGAUGGAGGCGCGGCGGCGGUUCCUGAGGAGCGAGUGCUCGCGGCUCGGUCUGGACAGCUCGCGGAACAAAGCCUACGCUUGGGAGUACCUCAUCAACCGCCAGUACCAUGUUAUUUGGUGUAACAUAUUCAAAGCGGCCUCCACGUCAUGGAUGUACAACUUCAAUCUAAUGGCGAACUACACGGCUGCUUUCUUAGACAAAACCAAAGAAGUGCCUUUAGGACUGGCCCGAAAGAAAUACGCCAGGCCAUCAGCCGAAAUGGUCAAGAAAGCCCAAGUCGACUCCAUAUCAUUCCUGAUCGUGAGACAUCCUUUAGAAAGGCUAGCUUCGGCGUACAACGACAAAAUCGCCCACGCGUGGCCUAAGUCGUUUCACGACAAGAUGGGAUACAGGAUUAUUCAAAAGUAUAGGAAAAAGAAAUCCCCAGACGCGCCACAUUCGCCGCACCCCAUGUUCGAAGAGUUCGUCUCCUACGUACUGGACGAAGCCCGGGCGAAGCGGACGCUCGACAUGCACUGGACGCCAUAUACGGACUUCUGCACGCCGUGCAAGUUCGACUUCGACGUCGUGCUUAAGUUCGAGACUUUGGACGAGGACCAAAGGUACCUGAUUCAGCUAGCGCGGCUGCAAGACGUGGUGAAGCCAGAGUGGCGGAACAGCGGCAAGGGCAAGACCCAGCAGAGCAUCAACCACCUCUACUCGCGGCUGCGACGGCAGCAGCUGGUCGGCCUGUAUAACCUUUACAAAUACGACUUUCAACUCUUCAACUACACCAUAGACAGCUAUUUCGAAAUCGUGCAACCCGACGACCCGAGCCACGGAUGAGCGUAAUUAUAUAUUUUGGCUUAGUCAUUUAUACUUAAUGCGCACAUUGUUAAAGGGCGUAAACGACUAGGAGGUCCUAGAAAGAUACAACCUUUGUAAAGACAUUGACGGUGUACCGACCAAGGCAUGUGAGCGAUGGAAAUUAGACACAGUGUCUGUGGAUUAAGGAUCAUGUGGACUGUUUGUGGUUAUACCAGCGAUGGGUGAAGACUGAUUGUUUCGAAUCGAUUCGAUAGAAGUUGUCAAUUCGGUCUUUAGUUUAUGGGCUAAAGCUUUUGUUACUUUUUGAUAUCAAUGUUUGUUACAAGUACUAUUUGAUAUGCUUAAUAAUUCGUAUAUGUACAAAUUAGGACUAUAAUUUUAAUUCUGUUUAGUACAUACGUUUGUCACAUACAAGCCUCUAUUUUGUAAACCUCUAAUUUCAGGUCAUAUUUAAGUUGAUUUAAGUGCAAUAUCGCUGUAACGAAAUAUUAGAAAACUAAAUAAAUUGUUUAACCAGCGUUCACUGAGCCCGAGUGGGCUCAGUUUCGUUCCGUGAGUACCUUGCAACAAAUCACUUGCGAUUUUCGAUAUACCCUUAUAAAACCCCGAUAAGGGAUAGCGGGCCGGUCCCUGCAGUUACAUUGCGUCAUUUGACCGAUCGAUUGAAUUUGUUGCACCGACUUAGUCGGCAAUGCAUCGUAAAUCGCAUGCGAUUUGCUGCUAAGCCUGUGGGGUACUUAACAUGGACGUCGCACCGGACGCCCAGCUGGUCAUCGCCGCUCAAGCGGAAUAUUUUCACUAAUCAUUUUUCUCUCAUGCAGCUAAUUGGUCUGUUAAUGUUUGCCGAUACAAUAUCUCUUAAUGGACGCAAGCAGGCUCGAUAUUUGAUACUGUUGGUCGGAACGAACUUAACCUCGAUAAGGUUAAGGGAUCGUAUUAAAUGUAACUGUACAUAUGAGUAGGUACAUAAUAAUACCUACUACUGAGUAAUUGGAGUCAUUCGACUCACAGUUCUAAAUAAAACGUGCCUACCUACGUCACAGAUCUCGUGCUUUAUUGUUUUUGCAAGAUAUUUAUAUUGAUUUAAUUUAACUUGUUUAUUUUAAUGUUUGUUAGUUUGUUUACGUAAGACUUCGCAAGCAGACAAGCAACAAUUGAAUUAGAUGCCAAUGCGAGCUGAAACUGACUGUGGAGUCCAACAUUACAUACAUAUACAUUGUAGACCGAAAGUUGCCAUAAGAAAUAGUAACUUUUUAAGUUGGGGUCGUUAAAAGCGGCCGUGAUUCUACAAAAAUAUAAAUUAAAUUAAAUUUAAAGUAGCCCACGCUGUGCUUAUGAGAAGUCCGUAUUUGAUUAAAUGAACACAGAAAUGAUAUAAUUUAUAAUGAGUUAAAUGAUGAAGAGUUUAAAUGAAUUGUUGAACUGAUAGUUUGUAGUGAUAGCAAAGUUUAGCUAAUACGCGUAGAGUACAUACGUUGUUUUAAUUUUGUAUUGUACUGCUGAUGCUGAAUACAAAAUUCUUAGUGCUUCCAUAAUAUAGGUUUAUGGAAAUAGAUGUAUUUAAUAUGUAUCUAAAUUAUUUGUUUAAAGAUGUCAAUAGAUAAGGGAUAUGUACGGGUUUCUCUGGUAGAUGUGUCUGGCAAGAAUUUAAUGAAGCACAAAUGUGGCUGCCGGAGAUCUGUCCUCUGACACAUGUGCCAUGAAAAUGCCAGAUACAUUUGCCGAAUAAAUGUGAAGGACAAAUCUAAUACCUAUCCCUAGUUAUUAUCGAUUGAAUAUGGGAGAUUUAGUAUACCUACCGUAUAACCACCCAACCAGAGUCCCAAAUCUUCCAACUUAGGUCCAUAACUAACUCGAAAGUCUUGGUUUAAGUGUGACUAUUAUUUGAAUUACCUACUUAGUUCUGAGAUAAUAUCAUCGUUUCAUAAAUGGCGGAAAAUACUUAGUAAAUACUGAAUAUAACAUUGGUAAGUGGCACUUAAUUAAAUGUUGAACUUAUGGACCAGUUACAGUAAGUACAGAUGUAGUACAUAAAUUGUUUUCCAUCGUAUUUUCCUGGAAACGUUUGUAUUUGUCAUGCCAUUUCAGUCAACCUCAGUACUUUUUGCACCAAGACUGACUGAAAUAGCAAGACACGUUCGUACGUUUCCGUGAAAAUACGAUGGAAAAUAAUUAUGCACUACAACUGUACCUACUCGAGUAUACUUAGUUGGGUUGUUAUACGGUACUCACAAUAGAUGACAAAUAUCUUUAAUAUAAGGUAAAAGUGGCAUCGAAUGAUGGUUGUUUGGCGUAAGGAACAAAUAAAGUACCAAUAGAAAGGCCUUGUAAGUAUCAUCUCGCUUGUUUUGCCCAGCAAUAGAUAAAAUUGUAAAACCAGUGAGAAGAAGUAGGGAUAAACCAUUUUUAAAGUGCGCGCAACUCGUAGACGCAACGCACACAAACACGACAGUACCAACUUUGGUCUUGAUUGUGUACGACGCGUCUAUAAAAUGUAACAGACGGGCGUACCGGACCGCGACCUUGGUCUGGUCAGCGUAUCUCUUUCUCGCUCUCACUUAUUGCUGCGUCCUUAACGGACAUACGGCGGACCACCUUCUAUACGACCAACCACGGUCCGGUACGCCCGUCUGUGAAAGCCAUAACAUUAUUACCUUCGACGUAAGUGCUUUAGAAUGGCACGCGGUUUUAAAAUGGUUAAAAGAUAAAAAACGAUUUCCUAAACUACAUAGGAUUUAUCUUUUAAGAUUUCAUAGCUACCGUAGUAAUGUUGAAUAGGUAUACUAGUAUUUUACGAUCCAGAAAUUUUGUCAAGGAUUUUUAUCAAUUUGUAAAUAUUUUGUAUCUUAAUAAUAUGAAUUGUUACAUAGCCAUGUUGUUAAAAUAUUUCAUUCUCGUAAGCUUGAACCCGAACCCUAGAUGCCCUAGAUUAGAACAGUUUUUUAAUGUUUGUUAUUUAUAAUAUUCAUAUAUUAUCAUAAAUAAUGUCCAAUACAUAACUAAGUAUGAAUACAUUAGAGUUUAGAAUUUUUGAAAUAUGUAAUGCGAUUACAGACCAUCGAUCGUCCUUUUAUAUUUUUUUAGUCUUAACUUUGUUCAUGUGGCAGCUGUUAUUAAAUUACAAAUUAUAAUCUUACAAUUUAAGUAGUUAAAAAAAUUGAAAGCAACCUUUUUUAUGGAUAUGAAGAGGAUAAACUGUGCUGUAUUCGGUUUUCUUCAUAACUAGCCAUCUAAUCCAAUAAGAAAUAGUAAAAUAGCUUACGUAGAACCUUGACAUUGAAAUAAUGAGGACUAAAUUACGUUAACGUGGUUAUCACAAUAAUGUGAAUACGCACGUCUAACCGGUGUGUGAGCAAGACAGCGCUAUGCAUGUUUAUAGCAAUGUCCCGCUCGCACACCGGAGCGGCGUGCGAAUCCCCGUUCAAUGUGGAGACCGUCUUAUUCAACACAUAACCUACGGCUAAGGAGCAUUUGAGCCAAAUAAACUAGUUACUUAUCCGAUAAGAAAUAGUUUAAUUUUAGGAGUUAGAUCAUUUAUUUAGACAAAGUAAUUAAUAAGUACGCACUAAGACGCGUCACGUGGUGCAAAAUAUUUUAGUCGCAGUUUCGACUGCUCAAGUAAAUUGAGCUGAGUUUGACAAUAAGGUUACUACUAAUUAACGUAUUUCUUCGUAAAAUUGUCAUUCACUGCAACUGCAAUUUUAUUAUUAAUUUUGCAAUACUUUACGCGUCUUAGAUAUUAAUUUUCAUAUAAAAUGUAUACUUGAACCUUAUUUUCUUUGAACGAAAUGGAAAUACAUAUAAGAACAAUAAAUACAUAAUUAUACGACCUUUUCAUACUUACUAGUUAAUAAUUUUGUGAAUUGUAGAUGUAUUGUUUGAUUUACGUUUAUAUUUAACGUGUUUUAAUACAUGUAGGUACAGCUAAAGAAAAUAUACGCUAGGUAAUAUUUAAGGACCGUUUGAGUAUAGAUAUUUAUGUUAUCUGAAUGCAACUUUUAGUGUUAUGAGUACAAUAUUUCAGAGUUUUGCCUGUACUUAUGUACAAUUUGUAAAAUAUUAUUUUUAAGUUGUUCCAUAGGUAUCAAAGUCUGCCUAGUCAUAGGGCUAAAUAAUUAUUUAAGCUUGUUAGACUAAAAGUUCUACCGGUCAGUAAUAAACUAAAUCCCCAAUUUCAAUUUAUAACAUGUAUCACCGCCCCAGUUUAUGUAAAAUUUAAUAUAGAAAGUAUCUAAAAUUGUAAAUCUACUGGCUUUUCUAAUUUAUUAAUAGUUUUAUAUUAAGAGUCCCCGGAAAGUUCGGCCAAAUUUUACCUUCCUUCCCAUACAAACGGAGUUUCGUUCUAAUUUUAAAACUACGUGUUGAAUUGUAAUGAAACUUUGCACAUAAAAUGACAUGAGAUAUAUAUAGGUAUGUAAUUAGUUUAUAUAGCUCUAGUAUAUAAAACAAACGAAAUAGAGCAAAAACAAGUUUUGUAUGAAAAACUUAAAUUCGCUGUAUUUUUUAACUAUUGUAUCAGAACCUACGAGUACAUAAACGAAUUACAGACCUAGAUAUAGCUUAUCCUAUUGUAAGUAUGAAAUUUCAGAGCAAUCUAGCUCGUCGUUUUAAAAUGAGAGCGUAACUAAGUUUGUAUGGAGAACCGAGCUUGCCGGACUCUUAACUGUUUAUUUGCUAAAUGGAUGUUUUUAAAUUUUACUUGUCUCGAACUAAAAAAAAAAUUGUAUCUUGCAGAAUAUAGGCCCCGGUCAAAAUAAAUUGAUAUUACCGACAUUAAAUAAACCAUAUCUAGCUGAAAUUCACUUGGCUACAUGCGGAAAUACAUAUUUUAGUAACAUUGCAUGGUAAACUUUUUCAAAACAUGCCCAACUGACUAUUUCUGUAAAUUUCAAAAUAAGAGACGGUGAAGAUUAUUUUGUGGUGCCAAGAUAUAGUUUGAAUCUUGUCAAAUGAUUUUUACGGCAAAGGCCCUAAUCUGUUAAACAAAAGCCAUUGUUUCUUUUGGGUGAACGUGUGGCCAUUGUUACUGAGCGCGUGGCCAUUGUGCCUGAGCGCGUGCCACGCACUGAGACAUCAAACUAUACUCACCUACCUACCAUUUUACUGAUUUAAUACGCCGAUAAGUUUAGGCGCAAUUAUCAUUAUCAAUAGCGCUAGCUACGCGCUAACGAGGGAAAACCGUAUGUAGCUAAAAGCGCUUAUGCUGGCAGUAAAUGUGUUAAGCAUACUAAACGUAGUCAUAUCUAAAACGGCCUUUACUUUUCCACCCUACAUAGCCAAAUGAAUUACAGCAGAUGGUAAUACCAGAUACAAAAAGAAAGCAUGGCGCUAUUUCUCUCUUUUCCCUUCUGCUUGUAUAGUGAAUAUGGGAUGGAUAGUAGGUAAAUUAGACCAAAAAGACAUGGCCUAUGAUCGUAACUGAAAUGGUGCUAUAGUCGUGUAGAUGAUCUCAUAUCAGAUUGUGAGAGACGUGCUUGAGUUGUAGGUUUGCGGUAAUGAAUCGGUUGUGUUACGUAAUGUUACAGAAAAUUAUUCUUAGUAUUUUUAGAUAAUUAAAUUAUUUAAUAUUU